AUGCGAGAAAGUGAGCUAGCUAGCCUGCAAGGAUGCCUUCAGUCGUCACAGAAGGUGUUGGAAGCGCUGCACCAAGUGAAUGACACGUUCGCUAAUUCGGCCUUGAGCGAUACCGUGCGGCUCAAAGGUUCUUUGGUCUCAGAUCAAACAUACGAGAUUGUGUCUGAGAAAGAUCUGCAGAAAACGCUCGAUGUUGCUGCGGCCAGGAAGACUGAAACCGGCAAUCGGUACUUGUACAUCCUACACAAGGCAGCAAACGAUAUGAUAGGCGAACUGCAGCAACGGAAGAAGGCAUUGAGUGUCGAGAUAGACCAAUCUACCAACACUAUCGAGCUAGAGGUUGACAAGCAGGUCAAGAUACUGCUGAAGGAAUACGAGGAGCAACUGAGAGAACUGGAUGAGUUAAGCGAUAACUUCUGGACGGAGCUCGCAGACUAUCGCACACAGAUUGAACAACAUGAAUCGAAACUGGAGCAGACCAGAGCUUCCUUAGACAAGAAGAAAGUCGCUGUAGGACAGAUCGAACUGCAAACGGCCAAAGUGGCAAAGAGAUUAUUUCAGCUGGAGAGCGAGUACAAACAGAUAGUCGAGGAAUCACAGUUGAAACAGAAACGUUUGGCCGAACUCACGAGGUACAUUGGUUGA